GAACUCUAGCUCGUGACGACAGGAACGGAAACACGGAAGCAGGAAGUUGUGUAGUCCCGAUUUAGGGCGUUUUUUAUAAUCCCUACCCGUAUUCUGAUUAAUACCGCCUUCUGCGCUAUGCCGUUGGCCGGUCGUGUCAGUGCUCUGAUUGGACAAAUGUUCCUGUCGAUAGACUGCUAGCGAAUCUCAGAGCAGGAGGCGGGACUUGCGCGAAUACAGAUGCUUGUUGGUGUGAAUGAUGCCUGGAAGGUGGAGAUGCUUGUGAUGCCAUGGCCUAAGUGAGGAACCAUCAUGCACAUGACCCUGGACCUCUUUUUAUUUCCACUGGUGCACUGGUAACAUUUGGCUUUCCAGUAACAACACUAUAGUGUAUUAUGUAACACUCUUGAUCCACGCCAUGAAGCACAGUAUUUAGUCCUGAACACCGUUAAAACCCCACGUCUGUCACCAUGUCCCUGGCUGUGCAGUCACAGAAAUGGUUCCCAACGCACGUCCAAGUGACGGUCCUUCAAGCCGCAGAGCUCCAGGCGAAGGGAAAGAACGGCACAAAUGACGCCUACACUAUCAUCCAGCUCGGGAAGGAGAAAUACUCCACGUCGGUGGCGGAGAAGACGCUGAAUCCCAUGUGGAGAGAAGAGGCUUCGUUCGAGCUUCCAGGGCUGCUGGUGGAGGGCAACCCCGAGGUUUAUGAGCUGUGUCUCGUCGUGAUGCACAGGUCUCUGGUCGGGAUGGACAAAUUCCUGGGCCAGAAAUCCGUCAACCUGAACGAGGUGUUUGACAACAAGGAACGCAAGAAAAUCAACUGGUACACCCUGGAUUCGCGUCUAGGCAAGAAGAAAAAAGAGCGUGGGAAGAUCCAGGUGAGCAUCCAGUUCGUGAGGAACAAUAUGACGGCCAGCAUGUUUGACCUGUCAAUGCGGGACAAGCCACGCUCACCGUUCUCCAAGCUCAAGGACAAGGUGAAGGGUCGCAAGCACGACUCGGACGCCUCUUCGGCCAUCUUGCCUCGCUCGGCGCAGUGCGACGCCGAAUCCCAGCUUCCGCAGAACGAAUCAGACCCAAAACGUCAGCUCAAGACUGCUAAUCUGGAGCCCAAACCCAAACACUCACUUCUCCCAGGGGCUCAGAAACUCUCAGCCGCCCACUCCAUGUCCGAUCUAGUCGGAACGCACUUCAGGCCCAAGACGGACUCUGUAAACUCCAUGGAUGAGAGCGACGGCGUUAAUCCUCAUCGCCGCUCUCAGAGCGAGAUGCCCGGUUACCAAGAUGGCGAGAUGGCGGGCGACCCCUUUCCGGAAAUGCCACAGAAAUCCGCCACGCUCCCCCGCAAUCGCAACCCCUUCGAGUCAGACCACGGGCAGCUGUGGGACAAAAAGGAGAAGAAGGAGAAGGUCAGCUUGCUGGAGCGUGUGACGGGGAAGAAGGAGGGGAAGAAGACGAGUAACGGAGGACGAGCAGGAAAUUCAGGGGACCUUCAUCACUUCACGAAUCCUUUCACCACUGAAAGUGAUACUAACCCCUUCUUGCCACAUCACAUGCCCAGUAACCAUGCAAAAAAACCCGGCAGCAACGAAGACCUGAGUAAGAAAAACGUUUCCCCGGAGAAAAAACAAGGAAAGAAGAUCGUCAGAGAGACGGAGGCCGAAAAGCUCCAGAGCAGCAUGGCGGCAUACAGCAACCUGUCGUUCGAGGAGGUGGUGCAGGAGCUGGUCAAGCAGAAGGAGGUGGUGAAGAAGAAGGACGCGCACAUCCGCGAGCUGGAGGACUACAUUGACAACCUGCUGGUCCGUGUCAUGGAGGAGACGCCGAGCAUCCUGAGGACGCCGUACGAGCCCAAGAGGAAAGCGGGGAAGAUCACCAAGAAAUAGACGUCCACCUCGGCGUCCCGGAAAACGGUGAUGUCAUAAUCACACGUUUCUCUUCGUUUACAUGUUAUUCAGGACUCGAAGACUCGAGAUUGUACGACCUUAUAAAAAUUGGUGGGCGAUCGGAGGACUUUUUUGUGCCAACGCCAGAAACUGGCUAAGAACUUUUUAUGAUGUAGUUUGUUGUUUGUACACUGAGGUUUGUAAAUACUUUCUUCUGCCUUUUGUGUGGGAAAACCCAUCAGAUGUCUCCGCGGGCAACAAAUGACGAGAAAAAAAUCUGUCCAUAAAAAAAAUGCCGCGUAGCUAGCAAACACAAAUUGUUGAUGAACCAGAAUCGAUUCAGUUGAUCGGCGGCUGUAAAGAUGUCCGUGAAGUUACGGUUGAAAUCAAAUAGAAUUUAUCCCCUUUCACAUUUGGGUGUAACCAAGUUUAUUAUUAUUAUAUAUGUAGUAGACGACGUCAAAAUUGUGAACGGUUUCCCAGGCUACCGCAUAAAUAUUUACAGUUUCUUUUUUUUUUGGAGACCGAGCUUGAGAUCACACCGAAACAGACUGUGAGAGGCUAAUUGACACAGUAUGAACAGACCUUUCAUAAUACUUCAACAACACUUCAAUAAUAUUUUUUCUUUCACAACAUACACCACUUCAUUAAGACUUUUCCCAUUUAUGAAUCAUGUCGAUACUCAACAUUCAUGUUGCCGUGUCUUCCUCAUCGUUCACCUUCGUGAGCUGUACGAGCGAGAGGGUAGAACUUCGGGUUCGGAGGUGAACGGUUGUUACAGGGCUUUCGAGGAAGAGCGAUGUUUGUUGUGUUUACUUUAAAGAGCAUGUAUUUUACUGUGAUGCCCAUAAAACAUGGUUACUGCACUGUGUAUUGUGAAACGGAGCUGAAACCCAUCUAAGUCCCUGCAUACGUUCCUCGGUACGAGGGUCACAUCACAGAUGACGAUGCUUCAGUUAGAGAUACAGAGGUGCCAAUAUUUAUGAUUGCACUGUAGAAUUUGCGAAAUCUGAUCAACGUUAUAAAAAAUUUGACAGAGAACCGUUUCAUGGAAUGGGAAACGAUGCAGGAGGUGAAAGGUGCCAUUACUUUUGCUUCACAGCGACGUUAGCCAGUAAACUUUUGAUCUGUCAAUCUUGUGAGCCAAUAGAAAUCAAGUGGAAAAAACAGAGAAGCCGCUUACUAUUAAGAAGCCAAACUUUUGAUACAUGUCUGAAAAACAAACGAACAAAAACAAUUUUGAGAGAGAAUUUUGCACUCUGUUCCAACAACAUGCCAUAGAAAUGUUUUUUUUUUUUUUCUUUCUUAAAUUCUUUUUGCGCUCUCUGCCUUCUAGGAUUUGCUUCCUAGCAACAACGGCACCUCUGCAGAAAUGUUAGCACUACUGUCAGUUACGUCUAUUACCGAUGAGUCUUCGAGGCGGGUACGAAAUUCAUAAAAAUAAAUAAAUAUAUAAAUAAAUUCUCGGUACUUAUGAAGCCGUACACUGGACCGAUGCAGAGUUACACUACUCAGUAUUUAAACUCAUAAAUGACGCAUGAAUGAAACAAUUUUUUAAAAAUAUCAUACAGUUUUUUUGUAAAGGUUUAAAUUUAAAAUUCAGAUUCAAAAUUCAGAGUCAGAACCCCCCCCCCCCCCCCCCAAUUCUUGAGCGCUGAUUUUGUGUUUCUCAGGUUAGGAAGUGAAUUCAAUUUGAAAUUUUAAUUGUUUUUGUUUUGGGUUUUUUUUGGCAAAUUUUUCAAUUUUAAUCUUACAAAUCUAAUUUGAAAUAAUGCAGUUGUUGCGUUUCAAAAUUAGAUAUACAACUUUUUUAAAUUUACAGAAUUAACCGUUUUGUAAAUGUCUUAAUUUAAAAGAUACAAAAUUCAGAUAAUUACACUCCCCCCCCCCCUCCCAUUUCUUGAGCGUCGAUUGGUGGAAUUUGAAUUGUUUUGUUUUGUUUUGGUUUGGUUUUUUUUGUGUGCAAAUUUUCUAAUUUUAAUCUUAGGAAUCUAAAUUGAAAUAAUGCAGUUGUUGCAUUUCAAAAUUAGAUAUACAUCUUUUUUAAAUUUACAGAAUUAUAUCAAAUCCAAGUCUCUUUUUAUCAGGUCGAGUGCAUUUUCUAAAAGAUUUAUGCCUCGAUGUGCCAGAGAUCUGAGAUCGAGCAUGAAGAAGUAACACAAAAUCAUCUUUUAAGCUGCACGUUUCGCCCGUCGGACCGCGGCGGCGAUUUAUCAGAAUAACGAUUUUUAAAAUCUUAAAAAGUAUUCAUAAUCCAAACAUUGUGUUUUAAAAAGUACUUUAUUUCCGCAUACAGUAUGCAAUUUUAAUUAGGAACUUAAAAAAAUUUAGCUACCAAAACAUGCAGACGAUCGUUUGAGGCGAUUGAAUUUCAUUGGCUUAUUUGUUUUUUUAAUUUAAUUUAAUUUAAUUUUUUUAAGUGCAAUACUGGCUUUAAGGUUUGUGAGGGGGGAUUUUAUUUACACAGUGUUUUAUGGGAUAAAUGUGAAAGCCAGAAAGUCGGACAGUAUCGUAUCAGGACAUCAUACGAUCACAUCAUAUAAAGAGAUCAAAGGUUAUAACCUAUUAAACUACUGCUAUGGUUUAAACCACUAUUAUUUAUAUAUAUAUAUAUAUAUAUAUAUAUAUAUAUAUAUAUAUAUAUAUAUAUAUAUAUAUAUAUAUAUAUAUACGAUGAGGUCAUACUGCUAAAAGGUUUUUUUCUUUUUUCUUUUUUUUCAAAAAUUUCCAAAUUUAAUUUUAUUUUAUUUAAAUAAGCGGUGUUGGUAGCACAGCCCUUAAAUGAUCACUGGUUGCUGUAUCUUCUGCAGCCGUAUGUUUUAUGGAACAGAUGUUUUGAAAUAAGGGCAAGUUUUUGGAAUUAUUUUCAUGCUUUCCUUCAGAUCUUUUUUUUUUUAUGUAAUAAAUAAAAUAACAAUCUCAUACCAGUCGGAUAAAAAGUCUUCUAUCAGUAGAAUGGAAUAAGUAGUUAAUAUAUGGAAGUAAACAUAAAGAAGAAUGAUUUGAAUGGAUAAAACAGGUAUUAAACAACAACAACAAAAACGAAUAGAUAAAUUUCCUGUUUUUUUUAAUUUAUUUAUUUACCUAACUUUAAUAUGUCUUCGAUAUGAUCAAAAUCAAAUGAUUUAAAACAUUUUAGCAGAAUUUUUUUUAUCCAACCGAAGCAACUGUACUGUAAGUGCUGUAAGUUUCCUGUUGGGUUAGAAAUUUUACAUGGGGUUUAUGUCCUGAUUUGCACACUUUGUUAGUGCCACCUGCAGUGUUACUGUGUGAUAUUGUCUUUUUUGUGUGUGGUUUUUUUUUUUUCUUCAUUUGUUAUCAGUUGAAAUAUUUGCAACCAAAAUGCAGUAUUUCUCCGAUGUGUACGCCGUUUGAGUUUUAUUUGAAAGCGAAAUUUGACACUGUAAACAAAAGUUUCGGCUGCUGACUCGAUCUGGACGUGAAGAAUUGCCUUCCACGUGUCUGUCAAACAUCUGUCCGGUCCAGCUGUUGAUCCUGACCGAUCGUGUGGACAUUUACGCAGGACUUACGUGUACAGUUGAUACUUUAUCUUUCCAUUGUUUUUGGUUUUUUCUCUCUUUUUUUUUUCUUAUUUACUAUGCAUCUUUGUUACGGAGCUGCUGUUUUAAACUGAAUGUAUUUCGAUUAAUCGACGAUGCCUGUAAUCACCGCGAGGAAUCGGUUUCUUGUGAAUAUACUGUAAUGCUGAUUCUAAACCAUAUUUGUCUGAUCAGUUGUCAGUGUGUUAAAGAGAAAGUGUUACUCCGGGUUCUGUCCAUUCAGCUGUAUAAAUAUACUAUCAUGUGGUAUAUUUACGUGUUUUUCUUUCGUUCUUUCUUUCUUUCAUUCAUUAAAUCGCCUUUCUUGA